GAAUUUUCGGACGCAGCUGUGACAGACGGCUCUGCUCUGCUAGCAGCAGACAAUUUGUCAAGUGAAGUCAAGUCAGCAAUACCUUAAAUCCCACUGGUUGUGCCUACCGCUUCGUACGUUUUGAAGUUUGUCAUGAUUCAAAUUGGGAGGCUGGCCGUAUUCACCAGAAGUACUUUACCCCUUCUUAUUGCUCGUCGCACUCUGAGUAUCGGUCCUGCUGUAUUAACAGACACCACAAUGACGGUCAAACAGAGAUAUGAUAAUAUCACUAAAUCAGAAGAGGAUAAAAGGUUGUACAGAGGACUGCUUUUAGAAAAUGGCAUGAAAGUUCUCGUUAUUAGUGAUGAUACUACUGAUAAGUCUGCUGCCUGUAUUGAUGUUGCUGUGGGGUACAUGUCUGAUCCAGAUGAGUUGCCUGGACUAGCCCAUUUUUGUGAACACAUGCUUUUUCUCGGCACUGAAAAGUAUCCAGAUGAAAAUCAGUACAACAAAUUUCUGGCAAAUCAUGCAGGGAGAAGUAAUGCAUUUACCUCAAGUGAUCAAACAAAUUACUACUUUGAUGUUGCCCCAGAUCGCCUGAAAGAAACUUUAGACAUAUUUUCUCAGUUUUUUAUUGCUCCACUUUUCACAGAAAGUGCAACUGAUAAAGAAGUAAAUGCCAUUGAAUCAGAAAAUGCUAAUAAUAUUCUGAGAGAUGCAUGGCGUCUCUCACAGUUAAGGAAGUCUUUGUCCAAAAAGGGUCACCCUUACGCCAAGUAUGGAACAGGAAACAAAAAAACACUUGUGGAGAAACCAAAAGAAAUGGGAAUUUGUGUCAGGGAAGAACUCCUCAAAUUUCAUUCAAAGUGGUAUUCGUCCAAUAUGAUGAGUUUGAUUAUACUGGGCAGAGAGAGUCUCGAUGAACUUGAAGCCAUGGCCGUUGAGUACUUUUCGGCUGUGAAGUGCAUUGAUGAUGUGGAACCUCCUACAUGGCCUGAAUCGCCACUAGGUCCAGAUGAGCUCAAGAAAAGACUGUCUGUUGUUCCCAUCAAGGAUUUACGUAAUCUUGUUAUCAACUUCCCCAUUCCUGAUCUUACGGAUUUCUACAAAGCUUGUCCCGCGGGGUACCUUGCGCACUUUAUCGGUCACGAGGGUCCUGGAAGUGUGCUGUCUGCUCUGCGCGCCCGUGGCUGGUGCAAUGGUCUGACUGCUGGUCCAACUCAACCUGCACGUGGCUUUGCUGAGUUCACGGUGGCUGUGGACUUAUCGGAAGAGGGAUUAAAUCAUGUUGAUGACAUUAUCUCCCUCAUAUUCCAGUACAUAAACUUAUUGAAAAAGGAAGGUCCAAACAAGGAAAGUUUUGAGGAAAUGAAAUGUCUCAAAGAAAUGAAUUUCAGAUUUAAGGAUAAGGAGCCUCCUAUAAGUUACGUCGUCUCACUUGCAUCCAAUAUUACUAAAUUCACCAUGGAAGAUGUGCUGAAGGGCUACUAUUUACUUGAGGAGUGGAGGCCAGAUCUCAUUUCUGAUGAAGUUUUGAACAAACUCACUCCUGAUAACAUGAGAGUGGCAGUUCAAGCUCAACAUUUCAAAGCUAUAGUGGACUCGAAGGAAGAGUGGUAUGGUACAGAAUACAAACUUGAGUCUAUUUCUGAAGAAAUACUACAGAAAUGGUCCAAUGCUGGCCUCUGUCCCGAUCUUGCUCUGCCACCAAGAAAUGAAUUUAUUCCCACCGAUUUCAAUGUUUUGCCAGCCACUGCUGAUGUUAAACCAUUCCCCAGCAUCAUUCAAGAGACUAUGCUGUCAAGAGUGUGGUACAAACAGGAUGACAAGUUUUUGCUACCAAAAACUUCCUGUAAAAUUGAUAUAGUGAGCCCUUUGGCAUACUUGGAUCCGAAUUGCUGCAACAAAUCAACAAUGUAUAUGUGUCUACUCGAGGAUGCCUUUAAUGAGUACUCAUAUGCAGCCUCUCUGGCAGGUUUGGGAUGUAGCCUUAUCAUCACUACUACUGGUUUACAGUUGGGGAUAGAAGGAUACAGCAAUAAGCAGCAUGUCCUUCUAGAGAAACUAGUGGAGAAAAUGGUUAACUUCCAAGUGGAUCCUCUGCGCUUCGAUAUUCUUAAAGAAAAUUACAUGCGAUCCUUGCGCAACUUCAAACUGGAACAACCACAUUCCCAUGCAAUGUAUUUCUUGUACAUGCUGAUGUUCUAUGCUCAAUGGACCAAAGAAGAACUUCUUGCUGCUCUGGAAGGGUUGACUUACAAGGAUGUAGAAGAUUUUAUCCCACAGCUUCUGUCCAAUAUUCAUUUGGAGUUCUUGAUCCAUGGAAAUGUCACACGAGAGAGAGCUACAGAAUUGUCCAGUAUUGUUGAAGACACCAUUCAAAAGCGGAUUAAGAUCCGCCCAUUGCUACCGAAACAAAUGACUUUGCUAAGGCAGAUUCAGCUCCAGGAUCAGAGCAAUUUUGUGUAUAGGAUUGAUUCCUCUGCACAUCCAUCUUCUUGUACCGCUGUUUAUCUACAGUGUGGUACACUAAGCACCGAAAACAAUAUGAAAUUAGAAUUAAUUGCUCAAAUUUUGAAGGAGCCGUUUUUCAAUAUUCUGCGUACAAAGGAACAACUGGGCUACAUUGUUCGAUGCUCAAUACAUCGAUCAUAUACAGAGCAAGGACUCAUGGCUUUAGUGCAAUCUAGUCGUGAUCCUGACUAUGUUGAGAAACGCAUUGAAGCAUUUUUCGCUCAUAUGAAUGAACUCAUCCGUGAUAUGGAUGAAGAAGAGUUUGAAAAACAUAAGGAGGCUGUUGCUGUGAAGAGACUCGAGAAACCUAAAAAACUCAGCACUCUCACCUCAAUAUUCUGGAGAGAAAUUGUGUCUCAGCUCUAUCACUUCGAUCGUGACAAUGUUGAAGUGGAGUACAUGCGAACUCUCUCCAAACAAGAUAUCAUUGAUCAUUAUGAGGAGUUAAUCAAGCAUGAUUCUGCUAAGCGCCAUAAACUGUCAGUGCAAAUUGUACCUGCCAAAGACUCAACAUUUGAGUUGCGCUCUGAGGAUGCAGCAAUUAUGGAUAACGGGAAAGUGGCAGAGGAGUUGUAUCCUUGCCCUAUCAUCAAUACACCGCAAGUUCCAAUUGAAGACAUACUAGCAUUCCACAGAUCACAAGCACUGUGCCCCUACCCAAAACCAUACAUGCUUGUUGGGGCACGAUCUAAACUAUGAAGGUAUACACCAGGACAAUAAAUUAAAAUAAAUGUUCAAUCAUGGACUAAAAUGUAAAUGUUUGACAAAUGUAUGUUGUGUGCUGUGUGUGUGUGUGUGUGUGUGUAGUGCACUGCAUAGAAUUAAAUCAGAGGGUAAAGAAAUGCAAGAGCCUCAUUCUGUACGAAGAUAUAGUAUAUUCAUAUUGCAAAAGACUACUUUCGGUGCAAGAGUUCAGCCUGUUUGAAGUGCGACGGGUGUGGAAUGGAAACAAUCUCCCUGGAACUUGGUUCCCAUUAGACUCUUUGGACAGUGCUGCAGAUUGGGAAUUUGAAUCUUUGGACUAUGCAGUAUUCAUCAGUCUAUUGCAAGUCAGUUUUUGUGAAGACUAAAACCUAGCCCGCCUAAACAGGGGAAAGUGUGGACACAAAUUUUCUGUACUGUCCUAUGAUAGCAGUGGCGUGCGUAGAAAUUUAGAAAGGGGGGGGUCAGGCCAUGCUUUUUGCCUACUUACAGGGGGAAAGUGAUGCAAUUUGCCUACCUUUAAGGCGGCUGUCUAGUGGCCAAAGGGGGGGGGUCAUGACCCCCCUGACCCCCCCCCCUGCGCACGCCACUGUAUGAUAGAAGGAGUCUUGCCACAAAUUUUAUUUUGAAAUACUGUCAGUCAUGAGCACCAUUUUAUGUGUGCUUUAAUACCUACUGAUGAGAUAAUUUUGCUUACAUAGCUAUUAAAUAAAUGUGAAUUAACAUUUUUUAAACCCACCAUGCUGAGUACAACACUUAUUCUUUUUAUAUAAAAUUUUGUUUGUUGAGUAAAGAAUGAGUAAAUUGCUCAGUGUCAAGCUGUGAAUAUAACACUUCUUUUUGUAACUUAGUUAAUGAAUUUUCACCAGACCAAGAUAGACUUGUCUUUUGUGAAUAAUUGAAGGUAUCAUCAUCAUCAGCGCUGCGCUGCAGACCUUACUUGCUUGAAUCUCCUCAUAAAUUAAUAUAGUAUGUGUGAGUGUAAAAACACAUCCUCAAAAACAAGUUUUGUUUUGCUUUUUCAAAAUCAGGACAAUCAAAAAAUUAAAUAAAAGUUUCUUGCAAAAAAACUUUAGGCAACUGCUUUAUAUUCUAUUUUGUAUAUCUUUUAAUCUUUUGUAACUGAAGCACUUCACCAAUUCUCCAAUGUUGUAUCACAGUUUUGUUUUAAAUGACAUUGCCAUCAUCAGCCCUUUAAUAAAGACUCUUAAAAAUG